AUGUAAACAAAUAGUGACGUCAGUAAAAUGCGCCACCAAGCUUUGAACGCGGCUCGGUGAACGGGAGGAAAAAGCCGCGUUUGGUUUCGGGCUGUUAAAACUCUUUGUGCCGUCGUGUCGUGUCGAGGUUCACGUCUCCGUGAAGACGGUUAACGCCUCGUGCUCCCCUCCCGUCGCGUGUCACCGUCGAGCACGAGCAGCGACACAAGAAGGACACCAACUAACGGCCGCCUCGAGAUAAUGGACGCCUGACAGACCGCCGCCUUCGUAACGUGCGCUCGCGCUGCAGUUCGCUGCUUGGUUCACUUGACAGUUGUUGUUGUGGCGAGCAUAGAAAAACAUGACAACUUUAACGAGGCAAGAUCUCAAUUUUGGACAAGUGGUUGCUGACAUCCUGUGUGAGUUCCUGGAGGUCGCCAUUCAUCUCAUCCUGUACGUCCGCGAAGUUUAUCCCUCGGGAAUAUUCCAGAAGAGAAAGAAAUACAAUGUGCCCGUGCAGAUGUCAUGUCACCCGGAGCUGAAUCAAUAUAUCCAAGAUACACUUUAUUGUGUGAAGCCUCUCAUUGAGAAGAAUGAUGCAGAGAAGGUUGCGGUGGUCAUCAUGGACAAAGAGCAUCAUCCAGUCGAGAGAUUUGUGUUUGAGAUUUCCCAACCUCCACUACUGUCCAUCAGCUCGGACACGUUACUGUCUCACGUGGAGCAGCUGCUGAGGGCGUUCAUCCUGAAGAUCAGCGUGUGUGAUGCAGUUUUAAAUAAUAACCCACCAGGGUGUUCAUUUACAGUGCUGGUACACACCAGAGAUGCUGCUACACGCAACAUGGAGAAGGUUCAAGUCAUCAAGGAUUUUCCAUGGAUAGUCGCUGACGAGCAGGAGGUCCACAUGCAGGAGCCGAGACUCAUCCCACUAAAGACCAUGACGUCUGACAUCGUGAAAAUGCAGCUCUACGUAGAAGAGAGGGCCCAGAAAACGUAGGCCUGCGACGACGUCGACUCAUCAGCAAAGUAUUUCACGCCGUCGAACAAAACGAAAAAAAAAAAACCCAACCUGAGUUUUUGUUGAACACAUGGGAUCAUCGAGAAUGAGAGUGAGAUGUGUGCGCGUUGUGCUGCAGCUGGCGUCGAGGGUCGCACAGAGGCAGCACUCAGACAUCUCAUCAAGAAAGCCCACAUUGUUUGCCCUCCGCCGGCGGUUUGAUCGCACGCCUUGCAAAAUCUGCAUGAAUGCGUUUGUCAUUUCAUUGCCAUGACUCGUGUUUGAUCGCUUUAAGUUCUUUAGCACAACGGUACGAUCCAAACGUACCAUGAAAUGAAAGGGGAUGUGUGUCUGUUGUUUUUUGUUUUUUUCAUGCAACAAGUCGUAUUGUUCACCUCCAUUCUUAUGUGACAAAUUCAAAGUUGUUAUGUUGUGACAAAGGAACAGUUUUACUGCUGAUAACUAUGUGAAAAGACAAAUUGUACUGUAAUUAAAAAGAAAAUAAGUUUUUUUAAAGUACCACCACUAUAUAAAUAUCUGUGUUAGUGUGUAUUAAAGCAAACACUUUGUCGAAUGA